AUGGUCGGCCUAGAUCUGCUGCCGGGCUUCAAGGUGCCCCUAGGGCUGGAGCUGUCAGGCGUGGUGGCAGAGGUCGGCCCCGGCGUCGCAGAAGCGCUGCCCAAGCUGCGCCCCGGCGCCCGCGUCGCCGCCGUCUUGCUGGACGUCCUGAGCGGCGCCCCCGACGCUGCCGCCGCCGCGUCCGCCGCGCGCCCCGGCGCGGCCGGGCUCGUCGCCGUGCCGGCGGCACUGUGCGUGCCGCUGCCGCCCGACGGCGGCGGCGGCGAUGCGCCGCUGGCGGAGGCGGCGGGCUACCUUGUCGGGCAGCUGACGGCGCACUACGCGCUGCUGGAGCGCGCGCGGCUGGCGCGGCGGGACACGCUGCUGAUCCACAGCGCCCUAGGCGGCCUGGGCCAAGCGGCGCUGCGCGUCGCGCAGCGCGUCGGCUGCCGCGUCAUCGCAAGCGCGGGGUCGGCCGCCAAGAGGGAGCGGCUGUCGCGGGAACAGGGCGUCGUCGCUGUCCUGGACUCGCGCGCGCCGCCGGCCAGCUGGGGCCCCGCGGUCGCAGCCGCGACGGGCGGGCGCGGCGUCAGCGUGGUGCUCAACAGCCUGUCGGGCGCGGGGCUGGUCGGUUCGCUGGCGCUGGUGGCGCCGUGUGGGCGGUUUGUGGAGGUGGGGAAGCGCGACAUCUUGGGGGGCACGCCUCUUGACCUGAGCCUGCUCAAGCGCAACAUCACGUUCAUCUCGGCGCACGUGGACAUGCUCGUGGAGGACGACGCGGAGACCCUCGUCCGGGUGCUGCAUGAGAGUGUUGCUGCGCUAUGGGACGCGCCCUCGCCGCCAGAGGUCACUGUGCUGCCCGUAGAGCAGGCUGGCGACGCGCUGCGGACUCUCGCCCGCGGGCAGCACACUGGGAAGCUCGUGCUGCGCGUGCCGCACGGGUGGUGGCCGCCCCCGGCGGCGCUGGCGGCGGCGCCGGAGCAGCCGCGGGCGCCGCCGCCGGCGCCGCCGGCCGGGCGCGCGGCUGCGCUGAUGAAGGUCGCGCGGGAUGCAAGUGACUCCGCAGCCGCGGCGCUCCCCACAAAGGCUGCGGUCGCAGCAGUUGCUCCGGCGCCGUCUGCCCCUCCCGCUGCGGGUGCAGGCGACGCCACACGCACGCCGCCGACGCCGGUGCCCAUGCCCACGCCCUCGGCCCUGUCGCCGUCGUCGGCAGCUUCCCGCCCGUUCACGGGCGUGUUUGUCGUCACUGGCGGCACCAGCGGCGUCGGGCUGGAGUUCGCCGCGGCCCUCGCGACCACCGGUGCCGCGCGCCGCCUCCUGUUGCUCGGCAGCCGCGGCGCGGCCGGUCUCUCUGCGGCGGCGGCGGCCAGACUCGACGCGCUGCGGGCCAGCGGCAGCGUCGCGGUCGCAGUCGCGGCCUGCGAUGUGUCCGACGCGGCGGCCAUGCGCGCCGCGCUGGCGGCGGCUGGCGGGCCGAUCGAGGGCGUCGCGCACUUUGCCACAGCCUACAGCGCCGACUCGACCGCCGCGCCGCACGCGCGCGACCACCCAGCGUUUGCGAUCAAGGCUGCCGGCGCGCUCAACCUGCACGACGCGACGGCCGGCCAGCCCGUGCGCGCGUUCCUCCUCGCGAGCAGCUUUGGCCGCGUGAGCGGCAUGGCGCGGCAGGCGUCGUACGUGAUGGCAAACCAGGCGCUCGCCGGCGUCGCGCAGCUGCGCCGGGCGCUCGGCCUGCCGGCCGCCGUCGUCGACCUUCCGGCGGUGUCGGGGGCCGGCUACGUCAGCGCUUGGGCCAACGCGACGGACGUGCUGCACGCGCGCAGGCACCUGGCCGCCGCCGGGCUGCGGGACAUGGCGGCGCGCGACGUGGCGGCACUGCUGCUGCGGAUGCUCGAGCCGGACGCGCAGCGGGUGGGGCGGCCGGUGACAAUCUUGCCGCGGUGCAAGCCGGCGGGUGGCGGGCGGCAGCACUCUGCUUUCAGCCGGCUGCGGCACCUGCUGCAAGAUGACGGUCCAGCGGCAGGCUCCGUUUCUGUUUCGGAGCCGCCAGCAGCAGCGCUGGCGCCCCUGUCUUUGCUCCAGGAGGGAUUUGCCGUGCCAGCGGCGACGGCAGCUGCCGGAGUGGUUGUGGCGGCCUCACCUGCAGCGCCAGGGUCCGCCGCGGCAGCUGCUGCGGCGGUCGACGAUCCACAGGCGCGCGCCAACAAUGCUGUGCAGUGUUUCACCGACACAGCACCGGUAAAGGGCAACCUCUCCGAUGCGACAAGCAGCAGCCGCGCGGCGGCCGCCGCUGCGGCGGUGACCACAGCCGACGUGCGCCGCAGCAUUGUGGUGUCCAAGCUGGCCGCGCUGCUGGGCUGUGGCCCUGAGGCCAUCCCUGACCACGAGCCCCUGGCAGACCUGGGGCUGGACUCUCUGGGCGCGGUGGAGAUGGCCAACUGGGCGGCGCACGAGUUUGGGGGUGGCGAGGCGGCGGCAGCUGCGUCGGUGCAGCAGCUGGACCUGCUGAGCGGCUUGACGCUGGCGGGGCUGCUGGCUGCGCUGCCUGCAGGCAGGGAUGGCAGCAGCGGCCGCGGCAGCGGCCCUGGUACGCCCGAUCGUGGAGUGGAGGCCCACGGCCGGCCACACGUGACAGACAACCCUGUCACCGCCGGAGUAGAAACACGUUGUUUUGGGAGUGGCACUGGCAGCAGCAGCGGCAGCAGCAGCGACGUCGGCAGCAGCCGGCGGACUGGCAGGGAGUCCACAGGGCAGGCGUCGGCUGCACCAUCUGCCUCCGCCGCGGCAGCCGCCAACCUCGGCACACGCGGCGGAGCCGCCGCUGCAGACGCGCGCCGCAGCAUUGUGGUGUCGAAGCUAGCCGCGCUGCUGGGCUGCAGCCCUGAGGCCAUCCCCGACCACGAGCCCCUGGCAGACCUUGGGCUGGACUCUCUGGGCGCGGUGGAGCUGGCCAACUGGGCGGCACACGAGUUUGGGGGCGGCGAGGCAGCGGUGGCUGCGUCGGUGCAGCAGCUGGAUCUGCUGGGCGGCUUGACGCUGGCAGGGCUGCUGGCCGCGCUGCCUGCAGGCAGGAAGGGCAGCAGGGGCCGCGGCAGCGGCCCUGGUACGCCGGAUUGUGAAGUGGAGGCCCACGGCCGGCCACACGUGACAGGCAAAGUUGCCAGCGCAGAUGCAGGCGCAGGUGUUUUUGCGGGUGGCAGUGGCGAUUCGACCAGCAGCGGCACCGGCAGCAGCCCGCCCAAGGGCAGCAACUGGACAGGGCAGGCGUCGGCCGCACCAUCUGCGUCCGCCGAGGCGGCUGCCGCCCCCAGCACAAGCGCCGUCGCGGCCACUGCCGACGCGCGCCGCAGCAUUGUGGUGUCCAAGCUGGCCGCACUGCUGGGCUGCGGCCCUGAGGCCAUCCCCGACCACGAGCCCCUGGCAGACCUGGGGCUGGACUCUCUGGGCGCGGUGGAGCUGGCCAACUGGGCGGCGCACGAGUUUGGGGGCGGCGAGGCAGCGGUGGCUGCGUCGGUACAGCAGCUGGACCUGUUGAGCGGCUUGACGCUGGCAGGGCUGCUGGCUGCGCUGCCUGCCAGCAGCCAGGGGGGCAACGGCCGCCGCAGCAGCGCGUGUACACCUGAUGGUGGAGUGGAGGCACACGGCCAGGCGCGCGUGACAGGCAAAGUUGCCAACGUAGACGCAGGCUCAGGUGAUUUUGGGGGCGGCACUGGCAGUUUGAGCAGCAGCAGCAGCAGCAGCAGCAGCAGCAGCAGCAGCAGCAGCAGCAGCAGCAGCAGCAGCAGCAGCAGCAGCAACGCUGGCAGCAGCCCGCCCAGGGGCGGCGAGGGAACAGGGCAGACAUCAACAGCGCUAGCCGCUUCCAUGGCAAGUGGCAGUGGAGCAAGUGGCAAAUGCGAGGCAGCCGCCGCCCCCAGCGCAAGCGGCGGAGCCGCCACUGCAGACGUGCGCCGCAGUGUGGUGGUUUUGAAGCUUGCCGCGCUGCUGGGCUGCGGCCCUGAGGCCAUCCCCGACCACGAGCCCCUGGCAGACCUGGGGCUGGACUCUCUGGGCGCGGUGGAGCUGGCCAAUUGGGCAGGGCACGCGUUUGGGGGCGGCGAGGCAGCGGCAGCUGCGUCGGUGCAGCAGCUGGAUCUGCUGGGCGGCUUGACGCUGGCAGGGCUGCUGGCCGCGCUGCCCGCCGCUCCGCCGGCCACUGCAGCAGCGGCCGCCGCCAAAGGCAGUGCCGUCGGCGGCGGGGGCAAAGCGAAGUCGAGCAGCGCCAGUCCAGAGCCGCCCCUCACGCCUGCGCAGUCCACGGAAGUGUUUGAGCAGGCCGCCGUGCCGCCAGCCGCCCCGGACGCCACCAGCGCUGCCGCCGGCGCUGGAGCUGGCAAGGCCUGCAGAGACCCCAGCGUCGGCCACGCUGCGGCGAGUCCCACCAGCGCGGCGGCCGGCAUCCACGCUAUCGAGGCCUAUGUGCCCGCCAACCGCGGGUCGAUCGAGGAGUUUGAGCGCCUGUUGGGCGACGGCGUCGCGGGGAAGUUCAGCCGGCGCAUGGGGCUGCGCGAGGUGUCGUUCCCAGGCGCUGACGAGGAUGCGGUGUCGAUGGCGCUGACCGCGGUGUCGCGGCUCUUGGAGCGCCACAAUGUGCCGGCGGCCAGCGUGGGGCGUCUGGAGGUUGGCACCGAGUCGGCUGUCGACAGGGCCAAGUCGAUCAAGUCAUACCUGAUGCAGCUGUUCCCCGACGCGGCCGCGGGGCUCGAGGGCACCGACGUGGUGCACGCCUGCUACGGCGGCGCGGCGGCGCUGCUGAACGCGCUGGCCUGGGUGGAGUCCGAGGCGUGGGACGGGCGCUGGGCGGUGGUGGUGACAACUGACGUCGGGUUCAACCACCCGGACGGCCCUCUCAGCUGCUUCUUCGGCGCCGGCGCGGUGGCCAUGCUGGUUGGCCCGGACGCGCCGCUCGUAAUCUCCCCCACCCGUGCCACUGUCUCCCGCCACGGCCUGGAGUUCCUCAAACCCACUGCGGGCCUCGCCGCGCCCCCUGCCAAUGCGAUGCUCUCCCCAUCCGCGGCAACGACGACGCCGCAAACCUCGGCAGUGCCAGAUCACGCGGCAGCGGAGGCAGCAGCUGCCGCGGCGGCCGCGGCGGGCGGGUUCCCUGUGGUGGACAGCGCCGGCAGCCUGCAGGCGUACCUGGGCGCACUAGGCGAGGCCUCGGCGGCGCUGGCGCGCCUGAUGGGCUGGGAUGGUGGCGUGCUGGCUGCGGUGGAUCGGCUAGUGGUGCACUCGGCAUCAGAGUAUUGGGUGGAGAAAGCGGUGCAGCACCUGGCCAAGCUCCAGGCCGCCGCAUCUGGCGCCCCUCCGCCGUCCCCUGAAGAGCUGCAGGCCAUCUAUGAUUCGAAGGCCGCGGCCGGCGCUGCGGCUGCGCGGCUGGCGGGGCCGCUGCUCACCAACAGCCUGUUCUUCAACCUGCUGUCCCUGCUCAGCCGCGAGCGCGACACGGCGGUCGCCAAGCGCAUCGCGCUGUUUGCAUACGGCAGCGGGGUGUGCGCGACGAUGCUGGUGGCGCAGGUGCGCGCCCUGCCCCGCUUCUCGUGCGUGUUUGAGGGCUUGACCCAGAACCGUGUGCUGAUGCCGUGGCCCCAGUUCCAGGCCAUGGCUGCCGCCCACACCGCCGGCUGCCUGCGGCUCGGCUGGGAGCCGGCCGCGGCACCGGGUCAGCCGGCGCGCGUCGCGCCGGGCGUGUUCUUCCUGACUCGAGUCGCAGCUGGCGGCGGCCGGUACUAUGAGCGGGAGCCGCCCGCGGCGCGGCUCUUGGCUGCGGCGGGUGGGCCCGAGCUGCUGCCCCCUGCAAGGCCCAACAGGGCCUCGACCUCUCCAGCCACUGCGCCCCUGGCGCCGCCGCCGGACGCCGCGGCCGGCCUGCGGCGCGCGCGCCUGGACGCCGCCGCCACGCGCGGCGGCCCCUUCGACGGGGCCGCGUGGUCGGCACGCGCGGGGCCCGCGCUCGCCGACUUCGCCGCCUCCCAGGUGCAGGCCCACGCCGGCCUCGUCGGAGGCCGGCCGGCGCGCAUCCUGGAUCGCGCGGCGGCCCUCUCCUCAUCGCUCGCGUCCAUCGACGCCGCUGGCGCCAACGGCGCGUUUGUUACAAUCCUGAGCACCGACGCCUCCAGCCGCGAGGCCCUGGUCCGCACGCGUGCUGGGGAGGAGCGCGCCGUCAUCAACGCGGGCUCCAUGGACUACCUCGGACUGUCGCAGCACCCGGCCGUCGUCGCCGCGGCCUGCGCCGCGCUGACCGAGCACGGGUCGUGCCUGACAAACAGCCGCGCGCUGUGCGGGUCGGGGACUGUCCACCGGGAGCUAGAGGCUGAGCUGGCGGGCUACUUUGAAAAAGAGGCGGCGCUGCUGUUGCCCGCAGGCUGGCUGGCGUGUGCCGCGCCACUCAAGGGCCUGGCCAAGCCGUGUGACAUCAUUUUCAUCGACGCCCACGCGCACGACUCGCUGGCUUCGGGCGCCAAGCUUUCGGGCGCGCGCGUGGUCCGCUUCAGGACGGGCGACGCCGCCCACCUGGAGUCGCUGCUGGAGAAGCACAGGGCCGAUGCAGAGGACGCGCUCAUCGUGACAGAGUACGUAUUCAGCGUGGACGGCCGCAUCAUGGACGUCGCCAGCUUCCGCCGCCUGGCGGACGCCCACGGCUGCCUGCUUGUCGUUGACGUGGCCCACGGCCUAGGCACAGUCUCGUCGCUGGUGGCGGACGUCGCGUGCGCAGACCUCGUCGUGGGGACCUUCAGCAAGACGCUGGUCUCCCAGGGCGGCUUCGUGGUCGCCAGCCGCCCGCUCAUCGACUAUCUUUCCGCUUUUGGGUUUGUAUUCACCGCAUCGCUCGCCACCAGCACCGCCGCCGCCGCGCUGGCCGCGCUGCGCGUGCUGCGCGCCGAGCCCUGGCGCGUCGCCGCGCUGGAGCGCAACGUCGCGGCCGCGCGCGCGCGCCUGCGUGCGCGCGGCUGCAGCGUGGCGGAGCGCGGGGGGCCGCUGCUGCAUGUCGUUGCCGGCAAAGGCGGCGACGGCGACGCGAUGGCGGCGUGGAGGGCGGCGUUCGAGGGGGGCGUGUACGUGCACCCUGUUCUGUUCCCCAUGGCGGCCCGCGGCGCGGGCGGGCUGCGCGUGACGCUUGGGGCGGGGCUGGACUCUGAGGCCCUGGACACCGUGGUGGAGGUGGUGGCGGCCGCAGCCGCGUUUGCAGGGGCAGGGCCAGCAGAAGAUGGCAACGGCACCGCCUGA